UGUUUUGGUUUGUGAGAUCGGAGAUCGCGCUGCACGCAUACAAACAUUCAGGAGGACAAACUUCUUGAGAACGCUGCCCAGCGACUUUUUUUAAUAAAUUAGAUUAAAUAGCCUACUGGAGAGACACAGACGCAGUUUAUGGCUUCAUAUCUGCGUCGAUACCGCCGGCAGAUCGGGUUCUUUUGUUUGCCGUGCAUUUUGCUGCUCCCAGUCUACAUCUAUGUCUCAAUUGCUUUGUGCUAUAUCAUGAAACAUGGGGCACCCCAUGGUGCACAUGUUGUUCAUUCUGUGCUGCCGAAACACUUUACCUCCAGCGGUCUCCAACACUCCAGAGAUCUGGCUCCUCAUCCUGCGAAGUCCUUCUGGAGAAAUGAGCUAGACAGUGGCGCUCUGUGGAACAUCAUCCAGUACAUGACGGAUCGCCAAUACAACCCCAUCCUAAGGUCCCAUCUGGCUGAAAACCCAUCCAGUGUUUCUAACAAAACAAAAAUGUCCAGAAGGACUGGAGAUAGAUAUUCUCCAAAUUAUGAAAUUAACAAUAUAAUGCCAGAUUACGCCAAACUGCCAAUCCAGAUGAAGAAUUUUGUAACCACCAUGCACUGUCGAGACUAUCCACUGAUCAUAGAUCCUUUAGAUGUUUGUGAUGCUCAAGCAAAGGUAGGGGCACCAACAUUGCUCAUGGCUAUCAAAACUCAGACGGCAAACUUUGAGAACAGAGAAGCCAUAAGAGAAACAUGGGGGCGUUCAGGAAAUAUAAAAACACUAGGUGGACUGCAAAGGCUCGUCCGCAGGGUCUUCCUUCUGGGGAAGUCCGAAGACUUGCAUAUUGAAGAGAAAUUGCACAUAGAGAGUGAAAAAUAUGGUGAUAUCAUUCAGUGGGACUUCAUGGACACCUUCUUCAACCUCACUUUGAAGGACGUGCUGUUCUGGGACUGGUUCUCAAGGCGAUGCCCGCAUGCCCAUUUCAUUUUUAAGGGCGAUGACGAUGUAUUUGUGAGGACACCUGCUGUCCUCGACUAUCUGCUGGCUGAGGAGGCAGACGGAGGCUCCUCAAAUGGAUCCAGGCAGGCAAAUAAAAUGGAGACGUUUGUUGUGGGGGACGUGAUAAGCAAUGCAUCACCUAUACGCUCUAAUUGGACUAAGUACUACAUCCCGGAGAGUUUCUAUAAAGGGCUGUACCCAUCAUACCCUGGUGGAGGAGGGGUGCUUUACUCUGGUUCUCUGGCACAUAGGCUUUUGGAGGUGUCGCAAAGGGUUCAUCUGUUCCCCAUUGACGAUGUCUACGUGGGCAUGUGUCUUCUGAGACUUGGAGUUUACCCUAUCAACCACCCUGCCUUCCUCACCUUUGACUUCCCCAAAGAUGAGCCCAAGGAACCCUGUGCGAAUCACACCAUCCUCCUGGUGCACAAGCGAAGCCCAGCUGAGAUGUUCCAACUUUGGAACGAAACGUCGACACCCAGCCCUAAAUGCAGAAAUGCUACGCUGAGAGUCAAACUUAGACCUGAUUGAGUUCAGACUGAACUUUUUUUUUAGUUAAAGUACUACAUUUUUACCGAACACUUGAAAACUGGUGUUAUGCAUUGUAAAGUAUUUUGUAUAAAUUUGUUUUGAACAUUCUUGACUUUCACAUUUUGCUGCAGUAACUGCCUAAAGGUUUUAUAAACAGGGUUUCUAUAGGUUUUGUGAUGGUAAAUGUAAGACUUUUUAAAGACCUUUUCAAGACCAAGAGAAUUUAAGGAAUAAAUUGAAGGGAACACUGUGUUAAUAUGGAGCACACAAUGAGUUGUAUGUGAAACACUUGAACAUUUAAAAUACAAGUGAUCUACAACUUCCGCUGCUCCCAAAAACUAGAGUAUUUAAAUAGUCAUAACUUUUAUUGUACCUGUAAAAAAGUAAUGUUCUUGCUCAGUUUUUGUCUUGUUUUCAAAAUUUAAAAUCUACAUCUUGUCUAAAAUCUUGUUUUAAGCAUAUUCACACUUAAUUUGGUUAGAUUCGUCAGAAAACAAAAUUUCAUAUUUUCAUUUUGCACCUCAAGUAGAAUAAUCUCGAUUUAAGAAUGUUUAGAUAUUUGCAUUGGUGUUUUUUUUGUGUUUUUUUGCGGUGCAUGCUACAUUUAACACCUUAACUUCAUGCUUUUAAGAAUUUGUUUCAAUUUAUGACCCUUUUAGGGCCUUAAUUUGAUUUGUGGAAGUGUGAAUUGAGACUUUUUAAGACCCACAGAAACCCUGACAAAGACCAAUUAAAAAUGAAAAUGAGAAAAAUUUAUUUCAUGCUGAC